AUGGGAGACAUGGAGUUUGCUAAAGCUCAUAAUUUUGCAAUUUUUCUUGAAGAUCCUCCUGCAGCCCACGGUGACUUGAAAUUCAUUGUGGAUGGUUUGAAGAAAUCAUGCCUGGUUAAUUGCUUAACUACAAACCCUACCAUCUAUCAAAGCUUAAUUAAGGAUUUCUGGAGAAAUGCUGAAGUAAAGAAGAAUGAUCGAGGCGAAAAUUUUAUGGAAACAACAAUUGAAGACAAGAAAGUUCUAGGAUACGAAGGAACUUUUCCUCCUACAAUCAAAAAGCUGCUUCCGCCAUGCUGGAAGCUUUUAGCUCAUGUGUUCGUGAGUUGCGUUUAUGGUCGGAGAUCAGGAGCUAACGAGAUUUCUCUAGCCAAUACUGGUGCCAUUGCUGCAUUGGCAGCAGAGGAUGAUAGAGAAGAAGCAGCAGAUAAAUCCAUGCCGACAGAAAAUGAAUACACUCAUCACUCUCCCUCUGAGCCUGUAGUGGAGGAGAUUCAUCACUCUUCCAUAGCUUGUGUUGCUGAUGAGCACGAUCAUCAGAAAGCAAAUGAUUCAAUAUCUUCUCGAGGGGAUGAUGACGAUGAUCUUUAUGAAGAUGUAGAUUUUUUGAAAGAAAUCGACUUUAUAGGAAUCAAUGAUGAUAUUCCAACAAACAUCGAGUUUGAUUUUGGUGAUGAAGAUUUUGAUCCCUUUCUUGAUAUUCCCAGCAGCCAUGCAAAUAAAGUCAAUGAAGUUGCUUCUCUAGCAACCAAGACUAGAGAUGAAGGAAAUUCUCUGAAAAUUCUACUCUGUUCCUCAAAUCCAUUGGAAAUCACAACAAGUCAAGGAGAUGUGACAUCAGAGAUUCCUCACUCUGUGUCACCUGUCUCAACAUCAACUCCAGUCAUUUCUAUGAUAUCUGAACCUCAGACUUCCCAGACCUCCAUUAGAACAAGCCAAUCUCUUGAGAGUCUAGAGGUACCUUUUGUGAAAAGUGCUCCUCAAAUUAUCUCAACAAUCACUGCAACCACUACUCACUCUCCUUCAAAACAGACUGAUGAAGCUCCAAGCACCAUGUUCGAGACUGGUGGAUCUUCUUCUAUUCCAGAAUAUCCACCUGAUGAAGCAUCUAUCAGAUUAGUAAAACAUUUAGCUCAAUCUAGUCCAACCUCGUCACGCGGAAAAGGAAUAUCAUUUAACGAGGGCCAGACAAAUGAUGACAGAUCUUCUUCAUCUGAUCUCUGA